AUGAAAAGUACAUUUAAACUGAUCUGUGUGGCGUAGAGAGACGCAGGAGUGAGGAGAGGAGACGCACACGCACUUCAAGCACAACAACAACAACACCACCUGAUACUCUCUCAUCGGGGAUCAAUCAGCUUUCUGAUUUUGUCAUUUUGGGGGCUUUUCGGAAAGAAUCUCGGAGAUGUCUCACGUCCAGUUAUCGAGCAGCGCGCUGGAGAGGCUGGUGGCCAGGAGGACCUUCCCUCUCCACAGGCGCACCAGCGUUUGCCGCAACCUCUUCGGACCGGUGGAUCACGAAGAGCUGAGCCGGGAGAUGAAAUCCAAGCUGCGGGAGAUUUCCGAGCGGGACCAGCAGAGAUGGAACUUUAAUUUCGAGGCCAACACCCCGCUGGAAGGGGAUUACAAGUGGGAAGAGGUGCCCGUGGAUAAAACCCCGGUGUUUUAUCAGGACUCUGUACAGGACGACAGGACCAGGGUGCCUGCCACUCCCGUCAAGCAGAAGCCCUCCUCGGAGUCUACUCUCCCCUCGGAGACCCCUCGGUUGGAUGUACUGGAGCGCCUGGCCGCGCCCGAGAGCAGCAGCACUCCCUGCCCGGUGGAGGUCAACCAGGAGAACCGCACAGACAAACUCAACUCAGGGAAGCCGGCUCACAGACAGGUCCCGUGUGUCAGACACAAGAGGACGGCCACUACUGACAACAACACACACAUUCCAGACUUCUUCGUGAAACGAAAGAGGGCUGCUGAUAGAAAACUGAACGAUAUGAGCGCUUGCCACCAUUCCAAGUCUCCCAUCCCGGUGGAACAGACUCCCCGAAAGAGGAUCCGUUGAAGGUGGUUUUUGCACUAUUUGACUGCGCAUUUUUUUUGAGGGGGCAAACUCUUCGUCCGCGCCACUUAAGAAGAAGAAGGAGAAGGAGGAGCAGAGACAAAAACGGGAGACGGUGCGGGACAAAGAAGUCCGAACCACCGGUCGGCUGCGGCUCGGUGCGCCCCGGCGGAGCGCAGCGGACCAGAACACCGGCGCAGACUCUCAGGACUGAACGGUUUGGGGAGGGAAGGGAAGAGGAGAAAGAGAGGAAAUAUUCGCCGAAUGACUUCUAUCCAGUACAAAUGUAGCAUUCAUUGUUGCUUUUGCAUACAGCCACUCGACAGUGUUAAAUGUUUUAACAUCUGUGCAAUCCUAUAUUUCUUUAAAAGAAUCGUCUACACUGGCCAAAAGUGUACAGCUUUAUAGAGACAAUAGCUUAUAAAUGUAUAUUUCUGUUCUGUUUUGUUUUUUCCCCCUCUGUAAAUGUAUAUUUUUAAGUCUAUUCUAACUUAUAAUUUAUUUAUGUUUCUUUAUAUUUGUUAAAUGCCUUGUUGAUUUAGCCAAAGGGCAUAUUUUUAUUUUAUUUUAUUAUUUACAUUUUUUUGUUAUCGUGAUGUUUUGCAAUCAUGUAGCUUCCCCAUUAGUAGUCCACACUUGAAAAAAUAGGUUUCUUUGUGUCUCUGAGCCGUUGUUUUUUUUUGUGUGUGUGUUUUCAUACAAGUGCCCUAAUUAUGUCUUGCAAAAGAUGGGAAUAAAAUAUCUUUCACUUCAAACUG